GUUUCUUGUGCUAGUAACAAUAAAUACAAAGAGGAUAGGGUGUCUUUUUUAAAAUAAAAAAGUGUUUGCGCUAUAUUCAUUAUCUCCGUUAUGAGUAGUAUCAAACAUAAGCUGGUCUUGGAUGUUUCAGCCACAGGAUACAUGCCUCCUAUCAAUAUUGGCCUACCGUUGACAUCUACAUCCGAAGAACGUUCUGAUCCAAAUGUUCAACGUGUAAACAUCAAGUCGGCCUCCAAGCAUGACGCGAAAUCUACAGUGUCACGUUCCAUUUUUGGUGUAAAAGAUCACAGUAUCAAACCCAAAACGCUUAUUCAUUACAUCUUUUCCAGACCUAAUGCCCGUUCAAAUGUUAAUCCUCAUGCAUCCGAUGCCCCGGGUGUAGGUGUAGAGCCUAGGGCGACUGAUGCCCGUUUACAACCUGUCAGUCCUCGUAGAACGGGCAUACGCGAACAAGUGGCUUCGACCACUGGUGCUGGCGUAAUCACCUUAGGCUCGUCUUUAUCCUCAAAUCGGCACAUGGAUGGAAUCAGUGUCUCAAUUUCCCAACCCCAUAUACGGAACAUGGCAAAUACUUUGCGUUCUUUUAGCUUUUCACCGGCACAUUUUAACACUGAGGCUCAUGAAAACUAUCAACAGCUGAGCAUUGAAGGAGUUCGCACCGGGGAGAAAAGUGUCAUUGAGAUCAGUGAAUCUCAUAAAAAGAAAGAUAGCAUUACUCAAAAUUUCAGUUCUUCUAACCAAGAAGAAGAACAGCGUCGUCGUUUUUGUAAAAUUAGAGGCGAAUGUAGAAAUCUCACUGAUCAGCUCCAAAAGAAAAAAAUGAAAAUUCAAAGAAUGUGCGCUAUCUUCGCACUAUGUAUCGAGGCAAGUGAGAGGAGGUCUCAGAUUGAGUGGGAUUACUGGGUAGAACGGGAUAAAUAUAGCCACUCUAUUCUUGAAAAAGUUCAUCAAACCAGUCAUCUUACUAGCUUGCAGCUAAAGGCAAACUACACAUCACAUGUAAAUGAACUCCAAAAAGAAGUGCAGCGUCUUAGGCGCGAAUUAGAAAGUUUUAAGUCAAUAAGAGAUGAAUUAAAAAUGCAGGAAGUGCAAAUCAGGGCUGAUAAAUCAGCUGAAAAUGAGAUAUUAAAACAAGAAAUAGAACAAAUGAAGUGUAAGAUGGAGGAGCAACGCGCUAGAUUUGCACACGAAAAGGAACAGCUUGGUGUCGAGAUUGUGGAGUCACAGGACGCACAGCGGCGACUUGCUGAGCAGCUCCGUGAUGUAAAAAAUGAACUUGCUGAGGAGAGUUUUAUGAUACAACAAUGCCGAAUUUUUCUCAAACAAAUUUGUCAGCCAUCAUUUCACGUGGUGAAGGGGGUGUCACUAGAACCAGUAGAGCCAAAUAGGCCAGAGCCGACUGGGUUUGUAAUGAUUCCCUUAGUCAUUCUCUUGCAUGGGUAUAGUUUGCUACCAGUAAAAGAGCGAGAAGAUGUUAUUCGACAGUAUGAACACAAGAGUGCUGAGCAAGACGGUCAGUAA